UUUUGGAAGGAGUGAGAAAGUUAUUGCAAAAGUGCCGAAAUAAAUUAUGCAUAUUAAAAUGAAAUACUGAAGAAAAUUCUGUUGGAUAUAUACAUCCUGGAUUUUGUUUUGCAUAAAUUCCAUGCCAAGUUAAUAUUGUGUACAGUUGUGAAAAUGAACAUCUUAAAUGUUAAUGUUUUUUACAUCGUCAUGGCAUCAACGAUCGUUAUCUCUAAUGGUGGAUUAUUGGUCAAUGGCAGCAACAUAUGUUCUUUUCCGGAGUGUAAAAUAAACGUAGAUGGAGAAAGGACUUCGGGGUUCUCUACAAGCGACCAAUCACCAACCAACAACAUUGAGAAAAAAGUAGUUAUUGAAAAUAAUUACAAUUGUUCCAUUAACACAACGUCAUUGUUUAGUCUUUUGAACGUAAAUACUGACUAUGGAUUGAUUUCCUUUGAAUGUUUAUCGGCUGUAUGGCUGCAGUUUUAUUCUGAUGAAAUACUUCCGAACAACGUUACUUUUUCGACCAUAAAAAUUUCAACAUGUCGUUUCACUUUGGAUUCCUAUUUUGUGUUGAAGAAGAACUUCGGCAAAAUUAGCUCUUUAGCAUUAAAGGAUACAACAAUAUCCGUUCAAAAAAAUCCCUGUGAUAGCAUUCAUUCGAGCAAAGAUAUGUGUAGCGUGUUGUCAUCUGUAAACUUAUUUUCCCUGGAAGGAUCAACAUCAAAUUAUGUACAACAUAAUCUCACGUUUCUAGUCAGUUGUCCCCAUUCAUAUACUUCAGUUAAAACGCUAUUAAUGCAAGGUAUUCCAAUGGAUCUACGAACAAUAUCCGUUCUUGAAAAAAAGUUCCCAAAUUUGCAGAGGUUGGAAAUUUCGUAUUCAAACAUAACAAUGCCACCAAGGUUUCCAUGGAAUGAAGAAAAUGAAUAUUCAAAAGAAAACAUUUCAAAAGAUUUAAAAAGUGCCAAUCGGGAAAAUACUGUAUUUGACAAGAAAUUUACACCUUCACUAACGCUAAAAAAUAAUAACAUACGCGAUUUAAGAAAUUUUGCAUUUAACGGAAACUUGCUAAUAUUGGAUUUGUCUUGUAAUGGACUUCGACAUAUUAAUGAAACUACUUUCACUGGCCUUAUGGAGUUGGAACGUUUAAACCUGAGAAAUAAUUCACUGAAUACCAUUUCAAGGAAUUUAUUCAAACUGCUGCAGAAUUUGCAACAUUUGGAUUUGAGUUCUAAUAACCUAAAAGAAAUUUCUAAGGAGGUAUUUUCGGAUACCAAGAAUUUAAAGUACUUGGAUUUAUCAUAUAAUAAAAUCAAAACUGUCGAAGAAAAUGCGUUUGGAGGAUUACCUAGUUUAGAAGAAAUAAAUUUAAGAUCUAACGAAAUAAAGCACCUGCCAGACAAUUUGUUCAUUGCCGCCUCUUUAAAGUUGAAAAAUAUACUCAUUGAUAUGAAUCCACUAGAAAACAUUCCUUUAUCUAUACUUUACAUUCGAACUUUGGAAAAAGCGAGUUUUCGGAACACAAAUAUUCACCUACGUAAUAUCAACGAAAUGUUGUACAGAAUAAAUUGGUAUUCUCUACAAAUGAGUGUAAUCACAUCUUCACCAGGUACUAUAGAUAAAGUAUUUUUCAAAACAUCAGAGAAACUCAGAAUAAUAGAUCUGUCUGGAUCAAAACUUGAAAAUUUUUAUCUGGCACCGCUGGAAGGCUACAAAGAGUCUGGUUCAAUCGUGCAAAUGAAGAAUAAAAAAAAUGUUGUUCAAAAAAUUUUUCUGUUAAUUGUCAAGUACUUUGAAUUCAUUUUAGACGGAAUCAAAUUCACGUGUGAUUGCAGAAUCAACGAGUUUAAUAGGAUUAUCCUUCAGGCAAAAGAACGUGGUGAGUUUUCCGGAACUGAAUAUAUUUUUCAGAAAUUAAAAUGUUCUACGCCGGACGAAAUGAAGAAUGAACUGGUUGUCAAUAUCAAGGAAUCAGAUACUUACUGCAAAAAAAUUGUUCCACAUUGUCCAUAUAACUGCACUUGUUUUGAGCGACACGUUAGUAAGGUUAUCAUCGUUGACUGUCGGAAUCGUGGUUACUUCUUCCUUCCGAAUCGACUUCCAAAUGGAAUUCUUGAUAUAUGGUUUCAACAUAAUAACGUGUCUGUUUUGGAAAAUGUUGAAUACUUAAAUCGUACACGACAUCUUUCACUUUCGAGCAACCAAAUUCACGAAAUAAAAACUAAAGCAUUGGAUCGAAUAAUGAAUCUUAAACAUCUUUUCUUGGAUUCCAAUAAUCUAGUGACGUUACCACGAGAAUUACAGAAGACGAACAUAGAUUUCAUCGAUAUCAAACACAAUCCAUUUAAAUGUGAUUGCAAGUCACUUUGGAUGAAACACUGGAUUAUAAAGAAAUCAAAAUAUAUCUUGGAUAUCGCAGAUGUUACUUGUAAUGUUGACAAUGAGAGCGAACAGGGUACAAAAUUCAUCAAUAUUCCAGACGUUGACUUUGUCUGCAUUGAAGAUUAUGACUCUAUUAAAGAUGGCAUCAUCCCAACCACAGCAAGUACACUUGCAGUUCUGCUUAGUUUGAUAGGAAUCUGUUUGUUGUAUGUAUUUAGAUUUGAGGCAAAAGUUCUUACAUUUCUCUAUUUGGGCAUCCAUCCAUUUGAUUUGGAUGAUGAUGAAGGCAGAGAACCCGUGGAUGUUCUUGUUAUUCACGUUCCAGGUUUAACACAGUGGGUGAUGGACAACAUAGUCACAUAUCUUGAAAAGCAAAAAAGUCAAUACGUCGUAUGCGAAAUCAUGAGGGAUUUCAUUCCAGGGUUUUCUUUUCAAGAAAAUAUUUCUAGCAUCGUAAAAAAUAGUAAACGACUUAUAUUGGUGGUGUCUCCAGAAUUUUCAUUGGAAGGACAGAUGUUAAAACUUAUAUGGAACGAAGCACAAGAGAAAAUUAAAACCUUACGACAUAAUUAUGUUGUAACCGUGCUUUAUAACGUACGAUUUAGAAAAACAACCAACAAAGAAAUGGCACGAUUUGCUAAGAAUAGUAAUAUUAUAAAAUGGAACGAUAGAUUGUUUGGUCAAAAACUUCUUUAUUGUAUGCCUGUUCAUAAAGGAUUCAGUGAUAUCGAUGUGAAAGAUAAGAAGUUACCUAACAUACAAAACUGUGUUAUGAACAUGUACGGUGACAUUACAUUAAGACAAGAAGUUUACGAUCGCCAUGUUUUUAUUUCAUACUCCGAAACAGAAAUCAACUGCAUGCUUAACGAUAUUAAACCUGUUCUUGAUGAAAUAGGUUACACUUUAUGGCUUCCCGACCGGGAUUUUAUACCAGGGGCAUCAAAGGAAGAAAAUAUUCUCAAAGCAAUUGACAGCUGCCUUCACACACUAUUCUUUGUGUCAGAGAACCACCUGCUAGACGAGUGGUCAGUUUUCACUUUUCGAACUGCUUUUGAAAAAUCUUUAAGGUCCAAAAGUAAUCAUUUGAUUGUUAUUUUGAGUGAAAAUGUAGAUAUCGACGAGCUUGACGAGGAAAUUAAAAAUCUUGUAAGUACUCACGUAAUUCUGCAAAUCGGUGAGGAAUGGUUUGUGCAAAAACUUUUGAAUUCUUUAUCAGAUGCUAAACCUUGUGUACGAUGUGUCGAGGAUGAGGCUCAAAUAGUAGAAAUAUUUAAUUUUGAAAACGAUAUCCAAAGCGUAACAGAUAGCAUGUUGUUUGAAUCAUCAGAAGAUAGUGACACUGACGUUAAUAAUGAUGAUGACGUUAUAGAGAACAACAGAGACGAAAUUAACGAGGAUGAGGAACUAAAGGAAGAGGCUGACAAUGCACAAAUCAACAUUGUCGUCGAAAAUAACUUUGAUGUACCAAGCGAUGAUACUAGAAGUUGCAGUUUAAAUAUGAAUGAAAAUGAAAGUAUACAAAACACUCGUGAGGACAAUUCAAGCUUGUCAUACGAAGAGAAUAGUGAAAUAGAUUCGUCCUCAGAUACCGACGAAAGUGAAGACGAAAACAAAAUUAGGACUGAAGUAAAUCAAAGCAGCAUUCACUUGAACGUAAGUGAUGAAACAUUGUUAUGCGGCAAGUCCCUACAAAUGAACAUCAAAGACAGUAUGUGCUUGAAUGUUAAAGAGGAGGACGAAAGCUUGUCGGACAUUCAGAAUGUCAAUGUAUUUGAGGUGAGGUUAGAAAAUCAUGGACAUACUGACAUUCCGUAUUAUGGAGUCAGUUGUGAACAUUACCAAAUAACAGCUCCUCAUAACCCUUCUAACUGUGAAGAAGUCAGCGACAGUGACAACUAUACUGACUCAGAAAAUGAUGAUAAAGAAAUGUAAAUAAGCUCAUAACCGUAAAUACAAUAUCUGUACGUUCAUGUCUGACAAAUAAUUGUUAUAAUAAAUUAUUAUUUUAUUUUUGUAUAAUUUUUUAAAGAUCUCUGCAUGCAUUCUAGGUCCAUUCAAAGUUUUCUCUGUGAUAAUGAACCAAGAAUUCUUUUAUUUUGGGGAGGAUGAUACGACAACAGAUCCAGUAAUUUAGCUUCUCUGUGAACUUUUAAGAAGGUGAACAAGAUUUGAGAAGAUUAUAUACAUGCAUUUGUAGAGAAAAUGUGUAUUUUGUCAGAAUUAUGAAAUCUGUGCGAUAAAUCAUACUUAAUCAAAUGAUAAUUUUCAUUUAUAAGUUAUUCAAAUACUCCUUAGGUUGAUUAUGUAAAUGCCAUCCAAAUUAACCGAACUUAUACUCGGUCAAUGCUGAAGUAUAGUCUCCUCGUGUAUUAAUACGACGUUUAAUUGCAUUCUGAUGCUCUGGCGUCAUGGUUUUAAUGGCAAAACUACUUUUAUGAAAAUAGCUCAUUUUCGUUGUAAGACUAAAAUUUGUAAAAUUAUGUUGCAUGAUAAAAAAAAAAUAAAAAAAUA